AAUCAGCAUCUAGCUGUAAACUCCAGCCAUAUAAAAGUGUCACAUAAUCACAGAAACAUUCACACCACAUCGACUUCUCCUCCAUCUGUGGUCCAGAAAGACUCUCAAUCAAUCUGGACAUUCACAGCAUCUCAAAGUCGUGUAGUGUUUGAUUAAAGUCACUCUCAGAUGAUGGAGAAUCCAGGUUUUGAAAGGUCUAAAGAUGAUCCACCGCAGUACGAAGAGACAUCCUUCACCAGUAACGGCUUCAGGAACGGAGAUCAUCGGGUCGUACGUCCGUCGGUCGUCAGCGCGUUUGGCCACGACACUUUAGAUCGAGUGCCGAGAAUCGACUUUUAUCGUAACCCGGCGAGUCUCAGUGGACACAGAGUGUUGAGACCGUCUCUACAAGAGCUCCAUGAUGUUUUUCAAAAGAACCUUCAUGAUGUAAACACGGGCGAGAGCAGCGAGGUGGGCGACAGUUCAGUGCUGGGUGAUGUUGAAUCGGUCGUCCCGCUGGAAGACAAGAAGGAUGAAGGUGUAGUGAAAUUCGGCUGGAUCAAAGGCGUUCUGGUGAGAUGUAUGCUGAAUAUCUGGGGUGUGAUGCUUUUCAUUCGUCUAUCAUGGGUGUUUGGACAAGCAGGAAUCGGAUUGGGGAUUGUGGUGGUUUUACUGAGUAUAGUGGUGACCAGUGUGACCUGUCUGUCUAUGUCAGCCAUAUGUACCAAUGGUAUCGUACGAGGAGGUGGAGCGUAUUAUCUGAUAUCUCGCAGUCUUGGUCCUGAGUUUGGAGGAUCCAUCGGUCUGAUCUUUGCUUUUGCUAAUGCUGUUGCUGUGGCGAUGUACGUCGUGGGCUUUUCUGAAACUGUGGUGGAUCUUCUCAAGGAGAGUGACGCCAUCAUGGUGGACCCAGUUAAUGACAUCAGAAUUAUUGGCUGUAUAACUGUGGUUCUGUUGUUGGGCAUCUCUGUGGCUGGAAUGGAAUGGGAGGUCAAGGCUCAGAUAAUCCUGUUGGUCAUUUUGCUGCUGGCCAUUGGUAAUGUAUUUGUUGGAACUGUAAUUCCCUCCACACAAGACAAGCGCUCUAAAGGCUUCUUUAACUAUCGAGAAUCCAUUGCAAAGGAAAACUUUCUACCGGACUUCCGGGAUGGAGAAACGUUCUUCUCUGUUUUUGCCAUUUUUUUCCCAGCAGCCACAGGGAUUUUGGCCGGAGCAAACAUCUCUGGUGAUCUGAAAGAUCCUCAGGAUUCUCUUCCUAAAGGAACCCUGCUGGCCAUCUUUAUCACAGGAAUGACAUACCUGGGCAUCGCUGUGUGUGUUUCUGUCACUGUCGUUCGAGAUGCGACCGGUAACCGCAAUGACACGAUUACACCAGGAAUGACUUGUAACUUCUCUUCAGCGUGUGAAUUCGGCUACGACUUCUCUGUCUGUGAAAACACCAAAUGCAACUACGGCCUCAUGAACAACUUUCAGGUCAUGACUCUGGUGUCUGGAUUUGGACCUCUGAUCACAGCAGGAACGUUCUCAGCGACCCUCUCUUCUGCUCUCGCAUCUCUCGUCAGCGCUCCCAAAGUCUUUCAGGCGCUGUGCAAAGAUAACAUCUACAAAGCUCUCAAGUUCUUUGCCAAAGGUCACGGGAAAAACAACGAGCCAAUCCGAGGAUACGUGCUGACCUUCCUUAUUGCUGUGGCCUUCAUCCUCAUUGCUGAACUCAACACCAUCGCACCCAUCAUUUCCAACUUCUUUCUGGCCUCGUACGCUCUCAUCAACUUCUCCUGUUUCCAUGCUUCAUACGCCAAAUCUCCAGGUUGGAGGCCGGCGUAUAAAUACUAUAACAUGUGGUUGUCUUUAUUUGGAGCCGUUCUGUGCUGCGCUGUGAUGUUUGUCAUUAACUGGUGGGCAGCGCUUCUCACCUAUGGCAUUGAGUUCUUCCUUUAUAUUUAUGUUACUGUGAAGAAACCAGAUGUGAAUUGGGGUUCAUCGACUCAAGCAGUGACAUUUGUAAAUGCAGUGGACAACGCUUUGACUUUAUUGGGUGUAGACGAUCACAUCAAAAACUUCAGACCUCAGUGUCUCGUGCUGACCGGAUCUCCCAGAACUCGACCAGCACUGUUGGAUGUGGCACAUUCAUUCACCAAGAAUUAUGGCUUGUGUUUGACCUGUGAAGUCUUUCUGGGUCCACGUGACAACAAUCUGUCUGAAAUCAGUGCUGCGGUUCAGAAGAAUCAGUUAUGGCUCAACCAACAAAAGCGCAAAGCAUUUUACACGGCUGUAGUGCGAGAGAACCUGCGAGACGGAGCAGAAACUCUGAUGCAGGCAUCUGGGCUCGGCAGAAUGAAGCCAAACACGGUGAUGUUGGGAUUUAAACAGAAUUGGAGAACAGCUGAUCGUCAGGAAGUCCAAAGCUAUGUAGGAAUUCUGCAUGACGCAUUUGAUUUCGAGCAAGGGAUUGUGAUAUUGAGAAUAAGUCAAGGAUUGGACAUUUCACAUAUCCUUAAAGCAGAAGAGGAGUUGGAGCGUCUGAUCAUGGAGCAGCAUGCGCUGGAGAUGGAGGAGAACGAUUUUCAGCCUCAGGGAGGAAAAUGGUUCUUCAAGCGGUCCAAAAAAACCUCCUCAAAAGAACUGACCAACAAAGUUUCUCUUGACGUUCCUCAAUCGUGUGAUCUGGCUAAGAUGAACCAGCGUCUCAUGGAGGCCAGCAGUCAGUUCAAGAAGAAACAGGACAAAGGGACGAUAGACGUUUGGUGGCUGUUUGAUGACGGAGGUCUGACGCUUCUGUUACCUCACAUCCUCACCACACGAAAGAAAUGGAGGGACUGUAAACUCCGAAUCUUCAUCGCCGGACAGUCUGAACGUAUUGAACAAGACAAAGAAGAAAUGCAAUCACUACUGAAGAAAUUCAGGAUCAAAUGUGAUGAGUUCAAAGUGAUAACAGAUAUGAACGUGAGACCCAGCACAGAGAGCUGGAAAGCAUUUAAGGACGUGAUCGAGCCCUUCCGGUUACACGAAGGUUCAAAAGAGACGAGUCAAGCUGAAGCUUUGAGAAAAGAGCAUCCCUGGAAGAUCACAGACGCUGAACUUGAUACUUUCGAUGAAAAGACAAAGCUGCAGGUGCGUUUGAAUGAACUUCUGCAGGAGAGCUCACGCGCUGCCAAACUCAUUGUGGUGAGUUUACCCAUCGCUCGUAAAGGUUCAGUCUCUGAUCAUCUCUACAUGGCCUGGCUCGAGGCGCUCACAAAAAAUCUGCCACCUACAAUCCUGAUCCGCGGAAACCACCAGAGCGUCCUGACCUUUUAUUCCUGAACAAGUCAACUAUUUCCUUUUAACCUUUCACCAAUACACUGCUUGUUUCACAUACUAUUUUUUACACAGAAGUAAUAUAAAUGGUAUUUAUUAGUACAUAGCAACACUGAUCAUCACCUUGUAGUUGAUGUGCUUGCACUGGAUCGGUGUUUCUUAACCGGCGAGCUGAGGCCUAUAGUGAGUUAAGAUAUUUCUUAGUGGUUGGUUAUUUUUAUAACAAGUAUACAGCUUUCUAGUUAUGCUUUCCGAGUGAAAUUAUAAAGGGCUUGAAGUUGAAUGGGUUGAGAUCCACUGAUCUGAUUGGUGGUAAUGUGUAGCUAUAGCAACAAUCACAUUUGAUUCGUGCACAGCAGUGUACACUCAAUAUAAACACGUCAAUAUAUUAACAAAUUAUUUAGAGCGAUCAGAUACGAUAUUAUUCUUUUGUAAAUAUGUUAACUAAUGCUUUAUUGUUAUGUUACAUUGCCAAUCUUGUUUAUAUGUAUGUGGUACUGGGACAGAUAUACUGUGAAAUUAUUUCAUGCAAUAUUCAAUGAUAUUAACAUUUUAUUUAUGAUUAUUUAAAGAUAAUUAAUAAAUACAUUUUUGAAAAAUA